AGAUGGGUGGAGUAGGCCGUGGAUCCAACCCGUCGGAAAGCUAGACUCAGCUCGGUGAGAAUGCUCAUUGUCGUAUUAAAUAUUACUAAUUUUCUGAACUACGAGUGUCCUUUUGCCUAUGAUUGACUCAAAAUGUAAUACGACCUUGCCGCAUGCUAAAAGAUGACGGGAUCCCCGGCCAUGCUAUCUAUAUAGGACUGUGGGUCCUGGAUGCACCGUGCCCUUGGCCAUUGCCUCUCCACUUAUACUCAUCAACACCUAUAUCUUGUCAUUGUCCAAGAAGAUAGACUUUCCAAGACCGGACACAGAGAAUGCCGCGUCUGCUAUCGAAGACAAACACCGUGCAGCGCUCAAAUCGCCCAGAGAUGGCCCCUUCGCCAAGCCAACAGCAGAAGAAUAGGCCCGUCCCACAACUUAGUUGUGCAUUGUGCCGAGACCGCAAGCUCAGGUGUGAUAAGCUUGAGCCAUGCUCUAAUUGCACCUCCUCCGGAGUUGCGUGUAUGCCCAUUUAUCGUCCACGACUCCCUCGAGGGCGACACGCCCGCCCUGCCCGGUCCGGAACGUCGUCUCCUCCAGCUAACCGACGCUCCGGGGAUUUCAAUUCUUCUAGAUCUGCCUCAGCAGUCGAGUCUGGGGGCUUCAAUGCACCCGUGGACGGGCUGGAGAGUCUCGUUCAGGAGGGAGAAGCAAGCAAAGUGGGGCUUGAUGCAGAGGGAAAUGGCCUGCAGGAGCUUGUUUCACUAGUAAGCAACGAAAUACAAUUGGCCACAACUUCGACAACGAUCAAUUUCGGAACCAUCGUGAGGGAUCUGUCACAUCAUAUCCGGAGGCUCGAGAGCCUCUUGCAAGAUUCAGGGGUCGAGAAAUCCAGGGCCAAUGAGGCGAGCAGGAAUACAGACGCUCAAGGAAGUCUUCAAAAUGGAAGUCUCGGUGGCGAUACGAUGAUGGUCCAAACGACUCUAGGCUUAGAGACGCAACCGCUUCCCGCCCUAGCAACCCAAAGUUGCCCGAGACAAAGCCCGGAGACAUCCGGUAAUGACAUCUUGGCUGACCUUAUGGAACAUGAGAUGCAUGAUCUGCCGCAAACAAAUGGCAUGCAGCUGUUCUUCGGUCGGGUAAGCGAGGGAUGUUUAGAGACCGACUCAUUAGGGCGCAAGGAGUCAGUAAGCGACGGGUUCAGCGCUCUCGGCCUUUUGGGCAUCGAUAAUUCGUUGUUUUCGAGCUUCAUGUCACUACCUCGUGAUAAGCUUGAAGCAAGCAAACUAUGCCAGGUAUACCUCCAAAACGUGGAUCCAGUAAUCAAAAUCCUACACCGGCCCAGCCUCAGCAAAUGGAUGCUGGACGGAGCCUCGUCAUAUCUGGGGUCAUCCGAGGAUGACAAUUCGGUGAGAGCGCUGGGGUCUGCGGUUUGCUAUGUUGCAGCCAACACCAUGACAGAAGACCAGUGUCAGGCCGCAUUUCAACAAAACAAGUCUAGCAUCACGACCGUUCAUCGCAGAAUGUGCGAAGGUGCCUUUGAGAAGGCUGGCUUGCUGACGACGAGAGAUAUGACCGUCCUUCAAGCCUUCAUUUUGUAUCUUAUUGGUAGACGAUCCGAAGACAAAGACACCGCUGUCUGGGCACUCGUUGCCCUAGCCGUCAGACUCGCGAAAGGCAUGGGGCUGAAUCAGGAGCCAGAUCAACAAGCCUGUUCUCGGGAGUCUUUCUUUCAACAGCAGAUGCGACUGCGGCUGUGGCUUACUGUGUGCCUCGUCGAUCUUCAAGCAUCAUUUGCGCAGUUAUCGGAGCCUCUGAUCACCCACAGCGGCGCAGCAUGCGCAAUUUCAGAUGUGGCACAUGUCAACGACUCGGAUUUCGAUGUGGAUACCACGCACCCAGUCGCUUCGCAGGAGCAUCUCACAGACACGACGUUUGCUCUUGUAACAUAUCACGUACAAGUGGCUGGCCGAGUCCUCAACUUUGGCUCACCCGAGUCCACUACAGCCGCAGAAAGACAUAGACUGGCUCGAGAAGCCCAACAGCAAGUUUUCACGCUGCUUCACUACUGUGAUCCCGAGUCUUCUCCCUAUGCCUGGUUCACCUGGCAUAGUACCCAAUCAAUUGUAUCGGCAAUUCGUCUCUCAGAGCUGCUACCAUUCCGGUGCAGCCGACCAGGCAGCGGCGUCUCACUGCCGCCACCACGAGCAGAAGGCGACCCAGCUUUAUUGCGAUCGGCCCUGCAAAAUCUAGAAAAGGCACAGCUGUUCAGCACCGAUCCUCGUGGGAGCGGCUUUCGCUGGUACAUCACCACGCCAUGCCUCGCGCUUUCCACGGCGAUUGCAGAGUGUAAUACCUGCAGUGACAUGGACACCGUUCGGCGCGCGUGGCCAGUCAUUGAAGCUUCAUAUAGACAGCACGAAGAGUUUUGGAAUUCUCAUGACUGUCAAUUAUCGCAGGCACACCUGGCGCAAAUGAUGAAUAAGACUCAGGAGAAACUGGCGUCAUCACUUCAUGAGAGCGGUACUACAUUCAGUGCAGGCCAGGCAGUCGAGAUCCCUGUUACUGACACACCGGUACCCUUGGUUACUAUGGGGAGUAUCCCAAUUGAUCCCCUAUUAAGUGGCGGAUUGCCAAUCACCGACUCCGCUAUGCCCACGGCGUCUUCCACUGUAUCCCUUCCGCAAUUCGGACAUCAGAGCUGGGACAUGACGACAAUGCCAAUGGAUGAUGUACAUGUACAUGCGCGGGACGCUAUGCUGCUCAGCCCGGACGUAUUUCAUUCUCUGCAGUCGGAUUAUUUUGAACCAUCACGAAUAAUGGCAGGCGACACAUUCAAAGCAUGAUAUGCACAUCAACGAUACGCGGCAAAAGCCAAGACCAGCAAAGAUUCAUGUCAAUCCACCUGGUUGUCAUGCCAUUGAAGUCGGUACUUCCAGACAAUUUUGCAAAAAGAUUGGCGGAGGAGUACAAACUUCUACAACCUACAAUUUUGAUUUUCUUGUGAUUUGUGAUUGAGAUUUAAAUCCAACCUGGAACGUUCAAAAAUCGCCAUAUGACCUGAUGUUCUUCAAUGGAAAUGAGUAUCAGUCUUUUAGACUUUGAUUACAGGAUUGGCCUUAUAUAUGGCACUACAAACGAUGAUCCGGACGCGAACGGACAUAUGUGACUCAAUUUGCCUAGGUUGACUAGACUUGGUGUUUGAGAAUGGGGAUCAAUAUGGCCAGAUCGGGACGAUAAGGAAAGACACUCGCUUACCAGAUCAAAGCACUCGUCUAUAAGAUUGAAGCACUGGAAUGAGCAGUUCUUUGGAUGAGCUAUGGGCUGGAUUGGUUAUGUUGAUGGAGCAGACCCUCGAUCCAUUUAUUGAGGCAUGAGCCUCUGCUUGGAGUGGAGUGCACUUACUUGGCAAGGAGCAGAAAUGUGAUCACAAGUACAGAUGUGAUUGAGAUUCGAAGGAUCAUGUUGUACAGGUGAGUUGGCAGGGAUGCGUUGGAGGAUGUAAGAAGGGGUGAGACGAGGCCUUGGAUUAUGAAGUUUAUUCGCGGGUCGGCUUCGCCGAUGUGGGAAUUGACUAGGCGAGAAAGCUUGAUGUUUUGCAGCCUUUUACAUAUUGAAUCCAUGUUAUAUUAUAUUACGUAU